AUUGGCGUUGUCAUCUUCUUCUCCACCUACUUUUACGUGUACGAGAUUAUUGAUGCACUUGUUAGCUUCAGAUUGCCCAUCAUGUCGGCUGCUUCCGCCAAAGUUGCCGAGAGCUUUGGACCCGUACUCAUGACCAACUACUACUUCUGGCCCGCCAUCAACUGGAUCAGCUUCAACUAUGUUCCAGUACAACUACGGGUCCUCGUAAACAAUGUGGUGGGUGUUCUGUGGAAUGCCUUUUUGUGCGCCAAGUUGGCGGGCUAA